UCUCUCUCAAGUUUAGCCUAAAAGAAAGAGACUGAGGAGGAGUGAGAGUUUUUGAGGCAGAGAAGGUGAGAGUGGAAAGAAUCCAUGGGAAGGCCUCCUUGCUGUGACAAAGUUGGCAUCAAGAAGGGUCCAUGGACACCUGAGGAAGAUAUCAUUCUUGUCUCUUACAUCCAAGAACAUGGUCCUGGAAAUUGGAGAUCAGUUCCUACUAAUACUGGGUUGUCAAGGUGCAGCAAAAGUUGCAGACUUAGAUGGACAAAUUACCUGAGGCCAGGAAUUAAGAGAGGGAACUUCACUCCUCAUGAAGAAGGGAUGAUAAUUCACUUGCAAGCUCUACUGGGUAACAAAUGGGCAGCCAUAGCUUCCUACCUUCCACAAAGAACAGAUAAUGACAUAAAGAAUUAUUGGAACACACAUCUUAAGAAGAAGCUCAAGAAAUUCCAAUCGUCCAUAGAACCAGACUCAACGAACUACCUACCAAGGAGCUUCAGUGACAGAAGCUUAGAUAUCAGCAGCAGCAGCAAUAUUAAUAACAACCAUGCCUCAUCAAUGACUCAAACUUCUCAGUCCUCCACCACAUAUGCAUCAAGCACUGAGAACAUUUCAAGGCUCUUAGAAGGUUGGAUGAGAUCUUCUCCAUCAAAAAAGCCACAACUCAAAGGAACAAGCACAACAACCAGAGAUCAUGAAGAAGAAAAGGAAGAACUUCAAGGAAAUGAAAAUGAUCAUAAGCUGAAGCAAGACAUGAUGUCACAUGAAGAGUUUGAUUCGAUUCUGUCAUUUGAGAAUCUGAACAAUAAUGCUGCUUGGGACAAGUCAACCUGUGAUUCCAUGCCUGAAAAGAUGAGUACUUUUGAAGCUGCUUCUGUUUCUGACAAGAAUAACAACAGGCAAAAACAUCAUGAGAUCAAUGUUGUUAACAGUGCUCCUCCUCCAUUGUCAUAUCUUGAGAAGUGGCUAUUGGAUGAGAAUGUUGGUCAAGUGGAGGAGAUGAUGGAAAUGUCUCCAAUAUUCUGACACCAAUCCUGAAAAGUUUGGGAUAUCAUAUGAUGAUUGAAAUCAUAAUAAGUCAGAAGAAAGAAGAAUUAAAGGAAGUUCUUUUGAUCUGACUAGGGUUUAAUCCAUUUACAUGGAUGGAGGGAGGCUCCAACAAGCUAGGAGGAUCUCUUUCAACAACUUGUAACUGAAGUUUAUGAAUUGAUUAAUGGUUUAAUUAUUUUCAAGUACUUAA